AUUUGUAGGACACAUUUUUCGGAAGACGCGUUGACAUAUUUGGUUUGUGUACGUGAUGGGUUUGUCGAAGCUUAGUAUUUCAGAUGUUGACCUCAAGGGAAAACGUGUUCUUAUUCGGUAAGAAUGAUUUUAGCUGAUUAGAGUUAAAUGGUCUAUAGAGUUGAUUUUAACGUCCCUAUGAAAGAUGGGAAAGUCACUAACACUCAAAGAAUAGCAGCUGCCAUACCAACUAUUAAAUAUGCUUUGGAUAAGGGGGCUAAAAGUGUCGUCUUAAUGUCUCAUUUAGGUCGGCCAGAUGGGCACAAAGUUGAUAAGUAUUCUCUAAAGCCUGUGUGCCCAGAAGUGUCAAAGUUGUUAGGCAAAGAAGUUACGUUCCUCAAUGAUUGUGUUGGGCCUGAAGUAGUCAACGCAUGUGCUAAUCCUGCUCCUGGAAGCGUUUUUUUGCUGGAGAAUCUUCGCUUCCACGUUGAAGAAGAAGGAAAAGGUGUCUCACCCACCGGCGAAAAAACAAAAGCCACUGCUGACCAAAUCAAGGCUUUCAGUGAAAGUCUAACAAAACUUGGUGAUGUCUACGUCAACGAUGCCUUUGGGACGGCACAUAGAGCUCAUGCUUCUAUGGUCGGCUGCCAACUACCACAAAAAGCCUGUGGAUUUCUCAUGAAUAAAGAAUUGACAUACUUCGCCAAAGCUCUAGAAAAUCCAGAACGUCCUUUCUUAGCUAUUUUAGGAGGUGCCAAGGUUAGCGACAAGAUCCAGUUGAUCAAUAAUAUGCUUGACAAAGUUAAUGAAUUAAUCAUCGGUGGUGGGAUGGCGUAUACAUUUCUUAAGCAAAUACACAAUAUGCAUAUAGGAAAUAGUUUAUUUGAUGCACCGGGUGCAGAAAUUGUUCAUAAAGUAAUGGAAACUGCAAAGGCUAAAAAUGUUGCAAUUCACUUACCUGUUGAUUUCGUAACUGCCGAUAAAUUUGCUGAUGAUGCGAACACCGAAAUAAGAACUAUACAAUCCGGAAUUGCCGAUGGUUGGAUGGGAUUAGAUAUUGGUCCAAAAACAAUUGAAGAAUUCAGUAAAGUGAUUAGUCGUGCCAAAACUAUUGUUUGGAACGGUCCGAUGGGUGUUUUUGAAAUGGACAAAUUUGCAACAGGAACAAAAGCAGCAAUGGAUGAAGUAGUCAAAGCUACUAAGAAUGGUGCUACAACUAUUAUUGGUAAGUUGUAUUUAUCCAAUUUUUUUAUCCUUGUUGAACUAAUACACUGCUCUUAAUGAGUUAUUUUCAUUUCCAUAGUAGUAAAGUAUAAACCAUAAUCACUAUUACAGGCAGUAUUACAAAGUUACGUUUUAAUAUUCAGUGAUUUUGAAAAACUUAUCUCUUUUCAUAUGGAGUCCUUAUUUUAAUUUGUUUCUAACCGUUUAAAGAUUCGUAUUGGUUUUCUCUCUACUACUUUUAGGUGGUGGUGACACCGCAACAUGCUGCGCCAAAUGGGACACAGAAGACAAAGUUAGUCAUGUCAGUACUGGUGGUGGUGCUAGUCUUGAACUUCUCGAAGGUAGGAAUGGCUUCAGUCCAAUUAUUUGCACUUACUAUCGGUAUGACGUAAUGAUUGACACACUUGUGUUGUAUUUGACAUUGAGUCCUCUGAUCUAGAGCCCACGCUACUAGGUAAUAUUUUUUCUGCGUAGCAGAUAGAGGGUCUUAAAUGAUUGACUUUCAACCAGUAGUUUGUAUGUUUAAACACCAUUCUGUUUUGGCAUCUGGGUAAUUUCACGUGCCUUAACACCAGGAGUAUUAUUAUUAUUGUAAAUACAAUAACCUGUAUAAGUCAGGCUUAUAAGUAGUCAGUUUUACGCACUGAAAAUAAUGGCUUCGACGUCGAUUAUGGCUUGUAUGUGUCAUUGGUACAAUUGAAAAGUCAUGUAUAAAUGACGCGAAGAACACUCAUGAUAACAAGUUGACAUCAGUAAUGUUAAAUCCUGGGAGAUUCAACAUGCAAUGUGCCACAUGGUUAUUAUAAUCAUAGUAUUAAUAGAUUUAAUACUGCAUAUCCUGAAUAUAAGUUUAUUGGAAACAAAUAUUCAUUUUUCUACCAUUCACUUAGUUAAAUGUGUUUGUUUUCGCCAAAGCGACUGUAAUUUCAUACAACAUAACCAACUUCAAACAGUCGUUGUAAACCGAAAUGCAUUAAGUAGCCGUUUCGUCUCAGUAUGAUACUUCUCAACAAUGAUUAUCUACGAUUCCACCAGGGAUCGAGCUUACUCCAUUCAGUUCUUACCGUAUAUGUUAAGCGUCUUUUCUUCUGUAUUAUAAAUAUGUUCUUGUUUUUCUGUUGCAGGUAAACAAUUACCCGGAGUUGUUGCACUUACGGAUGCUCAUUAAUGUGUUUGGUCAUAAUAUAUAUCCCUUAACUUCAUAAUUAAUUAUAAUUAGUGUUCUUAACUUUGAAUUGUCACAAUUUUUCUCAGUUAUAUGGUUUCUUUUUGCUGUUAUAUAUCUGUUCUUGAUUUGACAGAUAUAUUUUCUCUUUAAUUUCUGUACGUGUAGAUGUAUUUCUGCCAUAUGCGCAUUUGCUGCCAAUAGAAAUUUCCUGUAAUAGUUUUUUUUUCAUAUAUGUGCGUAACUUUUGCCCAUCUUCAAGUGGUAUAUUGAAAAGGUGCUGUUGGUAUUUCAUUGUAACAUCAUCCAAGAAUAUGCUUAGUAUCAAUAACGCUAUUGCGUUAUCUGCCGGAUUCAUCGCGAUUAUCAAAUCUCCGAUUAAAUGUUUGGAAAAAGAAUAUAGGAAAAAGCGAAGUAGAUUUUCUGAAAUGUCCAAGACAUUGAUUUCUUCAUUGAAGUUAAGUGUGUCUUAUGUUAUAUGAAUGUAAGCAUGAUAUCGUGAAAUGUCGUUAUACGGAGAUUCUGAUGCAAGUCAACGAAAUUCUGUAAAUGGCUGAUCAUCCUGCUUCUUUCAACGUGUUUCCGUAUGACUAAACUAAAACUAGUAACUGUUAGUCUCAACUGUUGAUGGAGUAUUAAAUUGUCUAACCAGAAUCCCUAUGAUUGUCAAAAUUAAUGGUUAAAUAUUUCAAGUAAAAUAUCUGAUAGUGUUGUCGCCAAAUGAAACUAAUUGUUUUGAUAACCCCGUGCAGUUUUCUCAAAUUGGGAUCAUAAAACAAAUGUUAACGCUAAUAAUUUGUUGAUAUCAAUCUUCUAUCUGUCUUUUCACAAUUACUGACUACGCUAUUUUUGAUCUUCAAGUUUAUGAUAUGGCUUUUGUAUAGAGCGUUCAAUGCAAAAGGGAGAGCACUGAAGAUUAUUCCAUUUAGUGCCAAGCGAUUGUUUAAGCUUACUGGUGAUGAUGUUAUGGAUGAUAGAACGUUUUAGGUGUCAUCUUGACUUUCAAGUAACAUGAAAUAAUUACUCCUUGUCUAAUGGGUAACUGCUUUGAAAAUGAAGAAUAUUUGAGUGAACAAUUGUUCUUAAUAGCUUCAUCAUCAGUCUUUACAGUUAUAAGACCAUAGUUACUGUGAUAUUUUACAAAGCCCAAAUGAGGCAUAUAUGGAUAAAUUUGAAAAUGCUAUAUGUUAAAAAUGGCGAAUGUGUUUGCAUCUGUUACGACAUAUAU